CGGGUUUCUCGUCACCCAAAAGUAAACAAACGAAGAAGACGAUGCCCCUCAAUCUCGCAACAUUCGUCGGCUAAGAAUGCUCCAUUGGGGGUGAAUUUGCUGUCGCCGUCGUGCUGCAGAGUCCACUAAAUGCACUAAGUCGCAUUUUUAUGCACAAUUCCAAGCCUUGAGGACUCGGAGCAAACGUGGCGGCCAUGGAAACUGGCGACGGGCAUCAACAUCCGGCCGCCAAUGAAGUGCAAGUUGCGGAAACCGACGGUGAAGCUCCAGUAGAUGUUGGAGAUCCAGGAGCUUCUGCUCCAAAUGAAAUGGAAGGCAACACUUUGAAACAUCAGGCAGCCGACCUCCAGCUGGUGCCAUGCCGUUGGGAACCUUUGAAUAUUUCUCCGCCCCACCCGGAAGCGGAGACCGGGCCUUCCGACUUAACGUGUGGCGAGAAAACCGAGGACGGAUGUCUGGCUGAGGGAGACGGCGAGGACGAGGAGAUGGACAUGAGCGCCGCACAGGACCCGGAGGAGGAGGAAGAGGAGGAGGAGGAGGCGGAGGCGGAGGUGGAGGCGGAGGUGGAGGCGGAGGUGGAGGAGGACGUCCAUGACAAAGAGGAGGAGGGUCAAGGGAAAUGUUCCACGGGGACACAGAACGAUCUCGACGAGAUGAUGGACAUCGGUACCGUGGAUGAGCAGGAACAGGAAGCCCAGAUGGAGAAAGAUGAGCAGGACGUGACGGACAAUGAUGCCAGCAGCUCGCCGUCUGUUUCACGCGCAGAAGACCAAAACACCAAGGUGGACGCCGAUGCGAAAGCGCCGGCGGCGGCGGCAGAAGACAAGCAGUCGACGGACGAGAAAGUGCCUGAGGACGCCGUUACGCAGACCACAGACACAGCCGACACAGCAGGCGGCUCCUCGUCACCGCCCGACAUGACCAACGGGAUGAACGUGGUCCAACUGUCUGUCUCGGCGCAGGGCACUUCGUCUCCCUCGCCUCCGGUACAAAUCAAGGACGAGCCCGUCGACGAGGAGUACGACCUGGCGCUCGUUUCCACCUCGACCACUGUGAAGGACGAGCCCAGCACAAUUGAGGAGGAGGACUUACAGAUCGGAGCGGUGUACUCCGUAACUCCGCCCAUCAAUGCCCCGAUGCAGCGAGACCACUCGUCUUCGGCGUCUUUGCACAUGUCCUGCGCACACUGCAAGCUGGGGCUGUUGAAAGGACAGACGGCCUACCAGAGGAAAGGCUUGCCGGCCCUCUUCUGCUCCACCAACUGCCUGACCGCGUCGCUCAGCUCCACCAAGAGUGUCAAAACCUGCCACCUGUGCCAAAAGAGGAUAGCCCGGCCUCAGGACAUCAUCCUGUCGCCUGACACGGACGGAGUCAUGAAGGGGUUCUGCUCCCAGGCGUGUUUGAACGCCUUCAACCGCAAGAGAUCCACAAGAAGCGCAAAAGCAAAGCUGCUGGGAUCCGCGGGCCUGCCGGGUCAGACGGCGUGCAGCAUGUGCGCCAGAUUCAGCGUUAGCAAACACGAGGUGGUUCUGAGCGGCACCGUCCACAGGAUGUGCAGCGACUCGUGCUUCAAGCGCUUCCGCACCACCAACCACCUGUCCAUGGCGGGCUGUGCAAACUGCGGCACCUUCUGCCACACCAGCCCGCUGCUGCUCAAGAUGGAGGGCAGCAGCAAGACACUGUGUAACAUCGACUGUCUGACCAAGUACAAAAGCAAAACCAAGAUAACGCUGCCGUGCUCCAUGUGUCGUUCUCCGCGGCUGCUCGCAGACAUGGUCCACAACCAAAGCACAGACGACUCUGUGAGCCUCUUCUGUAGCAGCAGCUGCGUCAUGGCCUUCAUGGUCCAGAGUGUCAGCUCCUCAGGUGCGCACUUAAACUGCGACAACUGUGGCAAACACACGGUGCCGGCGUACCACCUGGCCAUGUCCGAUACCACCAUCAGGAACUUCUGCACGCUGACGUGUGUCAUGGAGUUUCAGGAAAAGUUCAAGAUGAAACAGAAACAAGCGAGCAUUUUCCCAAAGCUGUCUGUGGCCUCCGGCCAGGACCAGAGCGCUACACCUCACCCGCUGCCGCUAACCACAUCCGCAGCGCUGAACUGUGCACAAUGCGCCCUCAAAAUAACUUCCAAGCCUCAAGUCAUCCAGAUCGAGAACAAGCUGUUGUUUGCCUGCGACAUGAGCUGCGCCGAGCAGUUCAAGAUCGCCAAUAAUAUCACCAGCCGGUGUGAAUACUGCAAGAGGGACAAGAUCUGCCAAGAGGUCAAAAGAAUCAACUCCAAGGACAUCUACUUCUGCGGCGGCGGCUGCAAGCUGCUCUACGAAAACGAGCUGGAAAAAAGCUGGGGCAAGCACUGCAAGUCGUGCUGCUACUGCCGCUGCGUCUCCAAGAAGCUGGUGACGGCGCUAUAUGGUGGCUCCACGGAGCAGUUCUGCUCGGAGGACUGCAGGACCAAAUACACCAUGCUCUUCUGCCACGUUGCAAAGUGCACCUCGUGUGGCCGCAAAGGCAAACUGAAGCAAAGCAUCUUCAUGCUGGGAGACGUCAUGAACUUCUGCGACCUGCCGUGUUUGUACCAGUUCUGCAACCUCCACGUCAAAACGCAGGGCACCGUCUUCUCGCCAGACUCUCAGGAGGCCGCGCCCGUCAUCGCAAAUGUUGUUUCGCUGGCGUCUGAGCUGGCGAGUCCCAGCACUCCCAAGAGGCCUUCGCAGCCAAGUGCCGACUCACUGACCAUAGAUUCUGAACCGAUCAGCAUCGAAGUCGACUUGGAGAAGCCGGAGAAGCCGCAGUAUACUCCCACCUCCAGAACGCAGAAGAAUAAAGCGCUGCUGUGCAAGCCGUUGGUUCACAACAAGGGCGUCUCCUGUAAGGUGCAGACCGCCAACGUUGAAGCACAGACGGAUGAAACGUCCAUGCCCAAAAUUAUGGUCGUGCCCGUACCUGUGCCAGUCUACAUCCCUGUACCUAUGAGCAUGUACAGCCAGGUCACCCCCAAGGCUGUCGGCGUGCCGCUGCCGCUGCCCGUGCCCAUGUUCCUCCCUGUGAACAUGACCAACGCCGACCGCAUCGUGGAGACCAUCAAAAAGAUCAAGGAAAAGUUCCCGGAGGACCCGUUUGAAGCAGAGCUCAUUCUCAUGGCCGAAAUGGUGGGCGAGCAGACCGGAAACGCCAGCGCAGACGAGACGGAGCUGGACAAAGAGGAAAGUGGUCGUGCUGGAGACGCCAUGAGCACCUUCAGUGACGACAUGGACACGGACGACUUGGCCAGUCUGCUCAACAACUGGGAUGAGUCCUCCUCAGCCGCGGGUCCUGCCGCUGGAACCGGGGUCCCGCCCAGGAAGGCUGGCCCUAAGGCUCCUCCCCCUCCCCCGCCUCCCAUGGACAUCGAAGCUGACUUCCCUGUUGAAACCCUGGAGAGGAUGAGUGACCUGCGUGAGCAGUCCCUGUUGCCCGUCGGCUCGCGACGACGACAAGCAGCUCGGAAAUCCAGAGAAAAGAAGGGUCGUAAGCGGUUAUCCAAGGCAGCAGAGACGCCAGAGAAAAAAGACCCCUCCCCCAACGCCACACUUGACGACGUCCGAAAACUUAAGAGUGCAUACGGCGUGGACGCUUGGAAGCGGUGGGUCCUCUGGAGGGAGACUCAGCCGAAUGAGGAGAUGCCACGUGUUGGGUUGCGCCCCCUGGUGCUGAAAGACGACAUCCUGCGCUGCACCACGGCCGAGCUGAGCUACGGCCUCUGCCGCUUCAUCGCCGAGGUCAAGCGGCCCAAUGGCGAGCGCUACUGCCCCGACAGCCUCUUCUACCUCUGUCUGGGCAUCCAGCAGCAUUUGUUUGAGAACGGCCGAGUGGAGAACAUUUUCAUGGACCCCUUCUACUGCAAGUUCUCCACCGAAUUCACCGGAAUGCUCCGAGGGUUCCAGCCUUUGCUCACAGACAGCGGCUACGUCCACUCCCGCGUGGCGGAAGAGUACCUGUGGGACUGCAAGCAGCUGGGCGUGUACUCGCCCAUCGUCCUCCUCAACACGCUGCUCUACUUCUUCUGCAAGAACUUCGGCUUCACCACGGCGGAGCACCACCGCCAGCUGUCCUUCGCCCACGUCAUGCGCUGCACCAAGACCGAUAACAGCAACGGCAAGACCACCUUCCUGCGCUUCUACCCGCCCAUACCCGCCAGCGACGCCGAGCCAGAUCCGGACAUUGUUCCGCCGGCCAAGAAGCGCAAAGAGGAGGAGGGCAAAGAGGAGAAGAUCUUGGAGAUGAUGGAGAACACGGACAAUCCUCUGCGCUGUCCCGUCCGACUCUACGAGUUUUACCUGUCCAAGUGCUCGGAGACGAUGAAGCAGCGCACCGACAUGUUCUACCUGCUUCCGGAGCGCUGCUGCGUCCCCAACAGCCCGCUGUGGUUCUCCAACACGCCGUUGGGCGAGGACACCAAGGAGGCCAUGCUCACGCGCAUCCUCGCCGUGCGAGAGCUGCACACGGCGGCGAGUCAGCAGUCGCCCAACAAGGACGGCGACGACGACUACACCCCAGACGCCGAAGAUGAGUUUGAAUGAUGACGAGGCGCACCGACGGCGCCAGUGGACUCUUACUGAGGAGGCAACUUGUGCCGUAAAAGAAGCGUAAUCUUUGUUGAAGGUCCAACUAACCACGUAUUGAACCACAUGUUUUCCUCUGCUGUGUUUGGACACCAUGUCUGCUAUUUGUCCGGUCUUUUUUUUUUUCUUUCUUUUCCCUGUGAAAUUUUAAACGCACCUCGUUGCUCUCGUGGCGGCGAGUUGUGUCAGAGCCCACCGAACUCCCUCAACAUUUUUCUUCCUCCAUCACAGAAAAAUGGUUGCUGCUGAAAAACAGUAACAACUGGUGAGGUGACUUUUUUGAGGGGGAAUGUAUUAGAUUGUUUUUUGUUUGUUUUUUUAAGUCUGGCCAAUAGAUUGUGAAAUUAAACCGCCCUCUUUUUGUAUUUUUUCAAAAAAAGAAAGUCCUCUCUUCAAUCUAAGUACUGUAGGUGGCCUAGCUAAAAGAACUUGAUGUAGUUUGUCCCGCAUUUACAAAGAAGAAUCCGGAGAGGUCAAGCCACAUCUAAUUCAAGUUAUGUCAAACGCACCUUUUAAGACAUCGCAUGACAACCUCUACCGAAUAUUAGGUAUGUAAACAAGAAAUUAUAUCAGCCACAUGUUCCUUCACACAACGUUUUGUAUUAAUCACUUUUUUAAAUAAAAUACAACCAACUA